AUGGCUGAUCAACUCAACAUGGCUGGUCUCAGCGUCGGUGGGGGCGGCCCUGGAAACGGACCUCGAUCCUACAUUCCGCCUCAUAUGAGAGGCAAGGUCGGUGGUCCUGGCAUGAAUGGACCCCAGAGCGGACCCCAGAAUGGCGGCGCGCCGGGUCACGAUGGGCCCCCUUCUUCAGUUAACAACGGCUUGAACAACUCUGCUUGGGCUGGAAACCAGAACUACGAUGCUCGCGGCGGAAACUGGGGCAACCAGGGCCCCCCGCCUCGCAACAACAACUGGAACCGUCCCUCGUUCAACCCCAACGCUUAUGGCGGUAACCAAGGCGGCCAUGGCGGCGGUGGUGGCGGCUAUGCUAGAGGCUCAGGAGACGGCCAGUGGCGUGACGGCAAGCACAUUCCUGGUCCUGUCAACGCUCGCGUCGAGCGUGAGUUGUUUGGCACCCCCGACGACCCGUCGAAGCAGCACACCGGCAUCAACUUUGAGAAGUAUGAUGACAUCCCCGUUGAGGCUUCUGGUCACGAUGUGCCUGAGCCCGUCUACACCUUCAGCAACCCUCCUCUGGAUGACCAUCUUAUCAGCAACAUUGAGCUUGCUCGGUACAAGGUUCCCACUCCUGUUCAAAAGUACUCAGUCCCCAUCGUCAUGGGUGGCCGUGAUCUGAUGGCUUGCGCCCAGACUGGUUCCGGAAAGACUGGUGGUUUCUUGUUCCCUAUCCUCUCCCAGGCAUUCAAGACCGGCCCUUCGCCCAUUCCCCCGACGAACCAGGGACCCGGCGGUUACGGUCGCCAGCGCAAGGCUUAUCCGACCUCUUUGAUCUUGGCACCCACCCGUGAGCUUGUUUCUCAGAUCUACGACGAGGCUCGCAAGUUUGCUUACAGGUCGUGGGUUCGCCCUUGCGUCGUGUAUGGUGGUGCCGACAUUGGUAGCCAGCUCCGUCAGAUUGAGCGUGGUUGCGACUUGCUCGUUGCCACUCCCGGCCGUCUUGUCGAUCUCAUUGAGCGCGGUCGCAUCUCACUUUGCAACAUCAAGUACCUAGUUUUGGACGAAGCUGAUCGUAUGCUUGACAUGGGUUUCGAGCCUCAAAUUCGCCGCAUUGUCGAGGGCGAGGACAUGCCCAAUGUUCAGGACCGCCAGACGCUCAUGUUUUCAGCCACCUUCCCUGGAUACAUUCAGCAGCUUGCCCGUGACUUCCUCAAGGACUACAUCUUCCUGUCCGUAGGUCGUGUCGGUUCCACCUCCGAGAACAUCACCCAGCGCGUCAUGGAGGUCAAGCACCGUGACGACAAGAUCUCCCACCUCUUGGACCUGCUUAGCACCCACGGCGGCGGCCUCACCCUUAUCUUCGUUGAAACGAAGCGCAACGCCGAUGAGCUGUCGGACUUCCUGCAAAACCAGAACCUCCCUGCUACCUCUAUUCACGGAGACCGCACUCAGCGUGAGCGUGAGCGUGCGCUCGAGAUGUUCCGCACUGGUCGCUGCCCCAUCUUGGUGGCCACUGCCGUUGCUGCUCGUGGUCUCGAUAUUCCCAACGUGACCCACGUUAUCAACUACGAUCUCCCCACCGAUAUUGAUGACUAUGUCCACCGAAUUGGUCGUACCGGCCGUGCCGGCAACACUGGUAUUGCUACUGCUUUCUUCGAUAUGAAGGAUAACAGCGGUGUUGCUCAGGAGCUGCUUAACAUCCUGAAGGAGGCUAAGCAGGAGAUUCCUCCUUUCCUGGAGACUGCUGCCCGCAUGAAGUCGUACGGUGGCGGCCGUGGCCGUGGAGGUGGUGGUCGUGGCCGUGGUGGUGGCGGCAACCGUGACUUCCGCAAGUUUGGCGGCGGCGGCGGCGGCGGCGGCGGCUUCAACGGCGGUGGUGGUGGUGGCUACGGCGGUGGUGGCUACGGAGGAGGCGGCGGCGGCUACGGCGGUGGUGGUGGCUACGGCGGCGGCAGCUACGGCGGCGGCGGCAGCUAUGGCAACCCUGGAGGCGGCCAGUCCUGGUGGUAA